UGCAGGGCAGUGUGGAGGAGCUAAAUGCAUGAGGCUAGCCUGUGCUCUGUAAAACAGACCCAUACAAGGCGCUGCGCGGAUCCAGAGCGGCUACAGUCGAGCACAGAGCAGCACAGGGCAGCUUUUGUUAGCGCAGCUCUGUUCAGUUGAUCGCCUCUCUCUCUCUGUGUGUGUGUUGAGGUUCUCGGGGAGAGCUGAGAGCUCCGGACGGGCUGGUGUGAGGAGUGUGUGUGUGAGAGAGACCCGCACACUGCAGGAGCUCCGUGUUUGGGUUGAGUCUCUGUGGUGAAGCAGCGGUAGCGGCAGAGCGGGGAGAUGCGGGGUGUGAGCGGCUGGGUGUGCGCGCUGCUGGGGCUGCUGCUGGUCGGGGUGCAGGACAGGGCAGACGCAUGCAGCUGCUCUCCGGUUCAUCCUCAGCAGGCGUUCUGUAACGCGGAUGUCGUAAUUAGGGCUAAGGUGGUAGGAGGGAAGGAAGUGGAUGCUGGGAAUGAUAUUUAUGGCAACCCUAUCAAGAGGAUCCAGUAUGACAUCAAACAGAUCAAGAUGUUUAAAGGACCAGACCGUCACAUUGAUGUGAUCUUUACUGCACCUUCAUCUGCUGUGUGUGGGAUAACUCUGGACACCAAUGGAAAGAAGGAGUAUCUCAUUUCAGGCAAGGCAGAUGGCAAUGGAAAAAUGCACGUGACCCUGUGUGAUCUCAAUAUACCCUGGGAGUCCAUGAGUGCCACCCAGAAGAAGAGCCUGAGCCAGCGCUACCAGAUGGGCUGUGACUGCAAGAUUACCCGCUGUGCGGCCUUCCCGUGUGAGGUCAGUACCCCGGAGGAGUGCUUGUGGACAGACUGGGUGACAGAGAAGAUCAUCCACGGACGCCAGUCUGACCACUACGCCUGUAUCAAGAGAGGAGAUGGUUCAUGUGCCUGGUAUCGUGGAAGUGCUCCACCCAAGAAAGAGUUCCUGGACAGCGAGGACCCAUAAUCCAGCCCCACACCUCUCUCCACCUCUCUGACGUUCCUUAAAAUACAAUAUACUAAAGAUCCAAAAUAAGGCAGAACAAAUGAAAAGAAAAAAACUGCACCAAAUUGAAAUGCUAAAGUACAGAUUAGCUUACAGUCUUCAUUAGAUAACGUAACUAGUGGAGUAGAUAAUACUAGUGAAAACUGGUCAAAUACUGAUGUGAUUUAUUCUUCAAGGCUUUAAUUCAAAACCCACCAACCAUUAUAUAUGAGGGACAAUCCUAAUUCGUGAGCACUUUCUGCCCCUGACAGCGCUUAAUCUUUAUCACCUUAAACGACUGAAAUUGCGCAUCAGUCUUAUAAAAGCUCAUUCCACAUCUUUAAUUGUUUAAUUCUGUGUCCAAACCCCUAAUAUAGUGACGGCUGAAAUAUUACUCUUGCUUAGUGUAGUUUCCUAAAGCAAUGCCAAUUGGUCCAGUUAGAUAAAUGGUGAGGCAGGACUUCCCAGAUAGUUCAAAGAUGAACUGAGACCAAACGAAGAGAGUUAAAACAGGCAGAUGCAUGAGCUUCUAGGAAAAGGAAAAUUAGAGACCAAAGUCAGUGUCACUCCGUGUUGAUUUAUGUGGGACAAAGCUUCAGUUUGCUGCUGACCAAAUUCCAGAAUGUGUAACUUUAGUACAUGGGUACAAGUUUGUUUUUCUUUUUUUUCUCCACAGACGUGGAUCCUCUUUGCUUUUAGACACAAAAAUCUAUGGGGACCUUUUAGCCCCUGAUUGGAAAAAGAAGAAGGAACAAUAAGGCAAUACCUUUACAACACUUAAACUCUUUUUGGCAGGAUAGUUUAGGUCCUUCCUAAUUUGGAAUAAGGUAUUGUGUAAUGGAAAAGGAGUCUGCUUGCCUUGUGUCCUUGUUUCUUUUUCAAGUGCUUCUUCUACUAACCGAUUCUCUCCCUGCCUCUGUACUCCUUUAACCCUUUAUCUCCCUUAACUACAUGUAUACAUUUGUCUGUGCUUUUUUGUACGUUAGAUAUUUGCCUUUUUUCAAAAGUCAUUUCUCUGAAAUCAGUCUUCAUCCUGAUUGAACUUUGCACUUUGUGGGAAUCGCUACAGGAGGAUUGAAUCCUCUUAUCAGGAUUUGUAACUCUUCUCUUCUUCCUUCCUUCAUUUAAUGCCUAUGAGCUUAUUUACCAGCUGUUUUGUGACGUCGCUCCUAUAGGGCUUAGGCUAGUGAGGGCCCUAUAUCUGCUAUUUCAUCUUCUCUGUGUAUGUUUGAUGGUUGAUGUGCCACACGGACGUGUUUCAUGGGACUCCAAGGGAAAGAAAGAAAGCCUACGUAAGACAUUAGUUGCCAUGGUAAUGGGAAGACCCCAGCUUUAUUCCUCCACACUUACAAGGCUGAUUGGAUUAACAUAGAAAAGGCACAGUUAUAUAUCUUUCAUAAGAGAGAGAACAAGAGAGGGGCAGAGAGAAAAGCCAGGUUUCUUCCCUCCGUGAGGUCGAUAAACUGUGUUUAUUGGCAGUCUGGGAGGAAGGCAUGCUGAAUUAUGUUGUUGCAACUGUCCCCUGAUUGGACACUGCCAAGUCAUGUGACUGAUGGAGAGUAAGGUGUGAGGGUAGUAGUUGCUAGGCAUUUUGUCAGGGUGAACCAUGGUGCCACAAUGCGGUCAGAAUGAGAGAGAGAAAGGGAGGGAAGAAGACAGAAAGGGGACCAAACAGUGGAAGACAAACACUGGUGGGUUGGGGGGGCAGUUGAUUGUCGGUAGAUUUUAAUAUUCCUGCAUUUUAACGAGAGCUAGGCCUGUCACUAUAACUAUUUUUUAUUGGACGAUAUCUUGCCCAUAGGAAUAAUUGUGAUUUAUUUUGUUAUUGUCAUUUUAAGACAAUUUAACUAUUUUAAAGAACAAUACACUUUUUAAAAUACCCAUUCAAAAAUAUGGGUAAAGUUCAUUCAUGUCAACAGGCAAGCAGAAAAAAAUUAUGUAGGGCUGCAGAAAUGAUUGAGGUCAUGCCCAUAUAUUGUCUGAUAAGUUGCUAAUGUAAUUAUCGUGACAGGCCUAACAAAUGCUGUUUUGUGUACGGAGCUUUAAAAUUAGUUUUUAAGGUACUUUCAAAGCUGUACAAAAUCAAUACAGUAAUCUAUGCCAAGCAGAACGCUGCAUUAAUAUGAGCAUUAAUCGAUGAUGGCUUUUCUGUUGUGGCCUAACUAACCAGCUAACUUCAUGGCUGAAGCAGAGUUGAAGAAGUAAAGCGUAUAUAAAGCUGUCUAAACAGCUUACAGUAUUCAGAGGCGUGCUUUAAAUUAAAACCUUUCUCUGUAAUCGUCUUACCUUUUUAAAACUUGCCAUAAACGAGCGCGUAAAUCUACAAAGGGUAAACGUUGGCAAUAUUUAAUAUGCAUCCUGCUAUAUCUACUUAACUGCUUUGUAUUAAGUGUAAUGGAAUAUAAAUGGCAUAAUUUAAAUGUUUGUUGUUGCCAUGUUUCUACAUUUUUACUGUGUCAUUACCUUUGAUUUAUAUGAUGUGUUAUUUUUACCAGUCUUUUGUCUUUCUCUUGAAGAUUUGCUGAAAGUACAGAAAUGUGAGAGCUCUUGUGUGAGUGUGAACCACAUGAGAGCCGAGGUAUGAUGAGAACCAGACUAUGCAUGUCUUUGAUGCUUUGAUGUGUAAUUCCUAUGUGGAUGUUCACUCGAUGGGCAAAUAUACAGUAUUAUCAAAUAAAUGAGAAAAAGUUAAAGAA